GCGCAGCACUCACACACACUAAGCCACACCUUGCAAGCCAUGUCCGUCCAAGGAGUCAUCAUCCAUUGCCUUAUGGUCGCCCUGCUCCUACUCCUGGUCGUCGUGUCCGGUUCCCCGGCCCGUGGAUACUAUCAGCAGCAGCAGCGAGAGGGUCGCAGCUACGCGGACAUCGCCCGAGUGGUCAAUCCCAAUCAGUACGCCUUUCCCGGAUCCCGCGUCUAUCCUGGCCAACCCUUCUGGCCAUCGGGAUAGGUCUGCAGUGGUUAACUUCGUAUUAAGAUACAGAAAAGACUUGACUAGCUGAUAAGCUACACAAUGAACUGUUACAUCUUGUACCGGAAAAUAUUCAAUAGGAUUAAGCUAAAGAUUAGUAGCAUGAACAGUGUGGCAAAGACCAUUCCAAUGGAAUGAUAUGUUAAUUAAAAAAU